CGGCACCUGCGUGCUGGCAGCGGCGGCGCCGGGCCGGCCCCUCGGCGGUGCCGCCAGACGGCGGCGGCCGGGCUGGGCGCUGCCGGCAGCGCAUCCCCCGCUCCGCUCCGCCCCGCAGCCGCGGCCAUGACCGACAACAUCCCGCUGCAGCCGGUGCGGCAGAAGAAGCGCAUGGACAGCAAGCACCGCGGCGGGUGCUGCGAGUGCUUGAGAUGCUGUGGGAGGAGGGACCCGAGGCCUCGCUCAGUCUGGCUCGGCCACCCGGAGAAGAGGGAGCAGAGGUACCCUCGCAAUGUCAUCAACAACCAGAAGUACAACUUCUUCACCUUCCUCCCUGGGGUGUUGUUUAACCAGUUCAAAUACUUCUUCAACCUUUAUUUCUUGCUCUUGGCGUGCUCUCAGUUCGUGGUUGAGAUGAGGCUUGGUGCACUUUACACGUACUGGGUUCCUCUGGGGUUUGUGCUGGCUGUCACCGUGAUCCGCGAGGCGGCCGAGGAGAUCCGAUGCUACAUGCGGGACAAGGAAGUGAACUCGCAGAUCUACAGCAAGCUCACAGCCAGAGGGACUGUCAAGGUGAAGAGCUCGAACAUACAAGUGGGUGACCUCAUCAUUGUGGAAAAGAACCAGAGGGUCCCUGCUGACAUGAUCUUCCUGAGGACGUCGGAGAAGAAUGGGUCCUGCUUCCUCCGCACGGACCAGCUGGACGGGGAGACGGACUGGAAGCUGCGGCUGCCGGUCACCUGCACCCAGCGCCUGCCCACGGCCUCCGACCUGCUGCAAAUCCGCUCCUACGUCUACGCAGAGGAACCCAACAUUGACAUCCACAACUUCGUGGGCACCUUCACCAGGGAGGACGGUGACCCUCCAGUAAAUGAAAGUUUAAGCAUAGAAAACACCCUGUGGGCCAGCACAGUGAUUGCAUCGGGUACUGUGGUGGGAGUUGUCCUCUACACGGGAAGGGAGCUGCGCAGUGUGAUGAAUACUUCCAACCCAAGGAGUAAGAUUGGUCUCUUUGAUCUGGAGGUGAACUGUCUCACCAAGAUCCUGUUUGGGGCGCUGGUGGUGGUGUCCCUGGUCAUGGUGGCCCUGCAGCACUUUGCAGGCCGUUGGUACCUGCAGAUCAUCAGGUUCCUGCUGCUCUUCUCAAACAUCAUCCCCAUCAGUUUACGUGUGAAUCUGGACAUGGGGAAGAUUGUGUACAGCUGGGUGAUCCGCAGAGAUUCCAAAAUCCCUGGCACCGUGGUUCGCUCCAGCACCAUCCCUGAGCAGCUGGGGAGGAUUUCUUAUUUGCUUACAGACAAAACAGGGACUCUCACCCAGAACGAGAUGGUUUUCAAGAGGCUCCACCUGGGCACGGUGGCCUACGGGCUGGACUCCAUGGAUGAGGUGCAGAGCCACAUAUUCAGCAUUUACACACAGCAGGCGCAGGAGCCGCCGGCCGCCAAGGGGCUGUCGCUGGCCACCAAGGUGCGGCGCAGCAUGAGCAGCCGCGUGCACGAGGCCGUCAAGGCCAUCGCGCUGUGCCACAACGUCACCCCCGUCUACGAGUCCAACGGCGUCACCGACCAGGCCGAGGCCGAGCGCCACUACGAGGACUCGUGCAGGGUGUACCAGGCCUCCAGCCCCGACGAGGUGGCCCUGGUGCAGUGGACAGAGAGCGUGGGUUUGACCCUGGUGGGCAGAGACCAGUCCUCGGUGCAGCUGAGGAGCCCCGGGGGGCACAUCCUCACCUUCACCAUCCUGCAGAUCUUCCCCUUCACCUACGAGAGCAAGCGCAUGGGCAUCAUCGUGCGGGAUGAAUCCACGGGAGAGAUCACGUUCUACAUGAAGGGGGCAGACGUGGUGAUGGCUGGCAUCGUGCAGUACAACGACUGGCUGGAGGAGGAGUGUGGUAACAUGGCUCGGGAAGGCCUGAGGGUUCUUGUCGUGGCCAAGAAGUCUCUGACAGAAGAGCAGUAUCAAGACUUUGAAGCUCGCUAUGUCCAGGCCAAGCUGAGCGUUCACGACCGCUCGCUCAAGGUGGCCACGGUGAUCGAGAGCCUGGAGAUGGAGAUGGAGCUGCUGUGCCUCACCGGGGUGGAGGAUCAGCUGCAGGCCGACGUCAGGCCCACGCUGGAGACGCUGAGGAACGCUGGCAUCAAGGUGUGGAUGCUGACAGGGGAUAAGCUGGAGACAGCCACGUGUACAGCCAAGAACGCCCAUCUGGUGACACGGACACAGGACAUCCACAUAUUCAGACUCGUGACAAACCGAGGAGAAGCCCACCUGGAGCUGAACGCCUUCCGCCGCAAGCACGACUGCGCGCUGGUCAUCUCGGGGGACUCGCUGGAGGUGUGCCUCAAGUACUACGAGUACGAGUUCAUGGAGCUGGCGUGCCAGUGCCCCGCCGUGGUGUGCUGCCGCUGCGCGCCCACGCAGAAGGCGCAGAUCGUGCGGCUGCUGCAGGAGAGGACGGGCAAGCUCACCUGUGCCGUGGGUGAUGGAGGGAAUGAUGUUAGCAUGAUUCAGGAGGCUGACUGUGGUGUUGGAGUUGAAGGAAAGGAGGGGAAGCAGGCAUCGCUGGCAGCUGAUUUCUCCAUCACUCAGUUCAAGCACCUGGGUCGUUUGCUCAUGGUCCACGGAAGGAACAGCUACAAGAGGUCUGCAGCCCUCAGCCAGUUUGUGAUCCACAGGAGCCUCUGCAUCAGCACCAUGCAGGCUGUUUUCUCAUCAGUAUUUUACUUUGCUUCGGUUCCUCUCUACCAAGGCUUCCUCAUCAUUGGGUACUCCACGAUUUACACCAUGUUUCCUGUGUUUUCUCUUGUCCUGGACAAGGAUGUGAAAUCUGAAGUUGCAAUGUUGUACCCAGAGCUCUACAAAGAUCUUCUCAAGGGACGACCGUUGUCAUACAAAACGUUUUUAAUCUGGGUCUUGAUAAGCAUUUAUCAAGGUAGCAUCAUCAUGUACGGAGCUCUCCUCCUCUUUGAAUCCGAGUUUGUGCACAUUGUGGCCAUUUCCUUCACCUCCCUGAUUCUCACCGAGCUGCUGAUGGUGGCCCUGACGAUCCAGACGUGGCACUGGCUCAUGAUCGUGGCCGAGCUGCUCAGCCUCUCCUGCUACAUCGCUUCCCUGGUCUUCUUGCACGAGUUUAUUGAUGUUUACUUCAUUGCCACCUUGUCGUUCCUGUGGAAGGUCACUGUCAUCACCCUGGUGAGCUGCCUGCCCCUCUACGUCCUCAAGUACCUGAGACGGAGGUUUUCUCCCCCCAGCUACUCGAAGCUCACGUCCUAGGGCUGCUGCUGGCACGGACAGACAUUGCCCAGGGCCCAGGACAAACCCCCGCUGUUCAACACGUCCACCCCUGCCUCAGGACCCCGUGGCAAUCUCUGUCACUGCUGCUGUGGUGAGACACUUCCAACCGCCCCGAACGCCAAAAGGGAGUGUUUGGAGGGUGGAGGCUCUGAGUUCAUCCAGCUCUUGGCACUUUUGUUCAAUUAACUGGGGUCAAAUGCGUGGAACUGCAGUGGCAAUGGGUUUCUCUUGCAUGGUUCAAAGUCUGUGGAAGCUGCUACCUGACCUUGGGAUUUACGUUUGACAAUUUAAAGUGAAUUUUUAAAGUGUCUGCGCUGUUCUUUGCGUUGUGUUACAUUUUUUGUUAUUUCUCUUUUUGAUUCGAGUAGUUACAUUCUUUGUACAUCUUGGAAAUCCCUUAAUGUAGGUGAUGCACUACACUGCUGACAGCUGAUUCCUGAUUUAUGGCAUGUUGUUUCCAUAAUGGGGCUCCAGCCUGUCGGAUCCGCACACACUGGAGAAUCUGAGCGUGGCUGAGAUUUUCCUUCCAUUGAAAUGUGGUCACCCCAGUGAUUUUGGAGGUAUCCAGCCAUUGAUAAAGACAGAGAAAUGGUAGCUCAAAACGAGAGAAUUCGGUUUUGUUUAGCUUUUGUGCUUCCUGUUAAAAGGAGCCGGUGACAUAACAGUUUUACUCUGUAUUUAUUUGUGUAGGAGAAAAUUAUCUAAACUAAAGCAAAUCCUCUUUGGAACAGAACUUUGCAGUUGAUCAUCCUUGAAAUGUGUCGACAACGUGAGAAGAGACUCGUACUGUUCUGCAGACAAUGUGGCAGACGUGUCUUGAAUCCUUGGAGACUGAAAGGAGAGGUCACAGAGCUGCUACUCCUCACAGCUCCAUGAAAUCUGUUUCCUGUUAGUGUGAAACUUUGAGGGUGAGCUGCAAAUAAGCAGAGGCACUCCUGGGUGGAUGGUUUAAUGACAUACUCCCUGCAGAGAGGCAGUUUUUGAAACUUUGCACUUGCUUGGCUCUAAAAACCAAACCUGAAUCGCAGGAGUGGAUUCAUACAAAGGCAUUAGGCUUGUGUGCAGAGCAAAUUUAUGCAUUUUUAAUUUUCAAAAAUUAAACUCAGUGAGUUCUGUCAUUAUUAUAAACAUUGGUCCAUGUUAGAAUAUCAUGAGGAGAGCAACACGUGCUCGGGCUUCUCAGCAGAAGGACAGAGAUUUACAGGAACCUUUUUUAGUUGAUGCAUCAAACACGGGUGGGCUUUCAGUGUCAGCCAUCCCUGUCUGAGGCUCUUCAGUCUGUGCUGGAUUAGCUGCUUGCUGUCUCCUUCCCACACCAGAGAAACCACGGGCACAGCUGGCACUGCCUGGCGCCCUUGGCUGCAUGGGAGGGAAAGAGCCCAGAGCCCGAGCUCCUGAUCCCAGAGCUGAGCCCGAGCUCCUGAUCCCAAAUCAGAGCCCGAGCUCCUGAUCCCAAAUCAGAGCCUGAGCUCCUGAUCCCAAAUCAGAGCCCGAGCUCCUGAUCCCAAAUCAGAGCCCGAGCUCCUGAUCCCAAAUCAGAGCCUGAGCUCCUGUCCCAGAGCAGAGC